AUGUCCCUGCGUCCCAAAAUUGAGAAGGCCGACGUCCCCGUCGUCGACAUUAAUAGCGAUAGUGACGACGGCGUCACGACCGUCGAGGUAGUUCCCACCAAAAAAUCCGCGUUAACACAGAAGAUUUCAUCGCGUCGAGUCGAGCUUGUGCAGCAAGAAACCCCUGCGCCGAGUUCCGCACCUUCGGUCUCCGGUGGUCUGUUCCGAAGUUUCUGGAAAGCUGGGGAUUAUGCAGUUGGUCCCUCCUUGAAGCCCGCUCCCUUUCAAGGUCACUUGGAACAUGCUCGGGUGCACCCCAAGUUUCUGCAUUCAAAUGCAACUUCUCAUAGAUGGGCUUUUGGAGCAAUUGCUGAGCUCGUGGAUAAUGCUGUUGAUGAGAUUCACAAUGGUGCAACUUUUGUAAAGAUUGACAAGUUUGAUGUUAAGAAGGAUAAUUCACCCGCAUUAUGUUUCCUAGAUGAUGGUGGUGGAAUGGAUCCUAACUCAAUUCGAAAAUGCAUGAGCUUGGGUUAUUCAUCAAAGAAGUCAAAGACAACAAUUGGACAGUAUUUUGACAUAUCUGGCCAUUGGGCUGAGCCAAUUAUUUAUAGCUCACAGGAUGAAUGGUCAGCGAACUUGAAAACAAUUAUGGAUUGGUCUCCGUUCACAUCAAAGGAGGAGCUCAUGCUUCAGUUUGAUGAUAUAGGAUCACAUGGAACCAAAGUUCUAAUAUACAAUUUGUGGUUGAAUGAUGAAGGGAUAUAUGAAUUGAGUUUUGAUGAUGAUGUUGAGGAUAUUAUGCUGAGAGAUGAGGCCAGCCAAGGGGCUGAGAAAAAAUUAAACAAAAAAACUGUUCAGCUUCAGUCUCAUAUUUCUUACCGCAUUCGUUAUUCUUUACGGGCAUAUGUUUCGAUGUUGUACCUUAGAAAAUUUUCUAACUUCGAAAUCAUACUAAGGGGGAAACUUGUGGAUCAAUUCAACAUUGCAGACAACUUAAUAUAUUUAAAAGUAAUUCCAUAUAGGCCUCAGCUAGCCAUUGCAUCAAAAGAGGACAUAGCGGAAACAAAGACAACCAUUGGAUUUAUAAAGGAGGCUCCUUCUAUUAAGGUUACUGGAUUCAAUGUGUACCAUAAAAAUCGACUAAUCAAGCCCUUUUGGAAAGUAGUUUCAGAUGGUUCAUCAAAAGGGAGUUGUGUUGUUGGAGUUCUUGAAGCCAAUUUUAUAGAACCAGCGCAUGACAAGCAGGAUUUUGAGAGAUCAGUGCUAUUCAUUCGGUUGGAAAACAAGCUGAAACAAAUGACAAUGGAUUACUGGAAAGGCCACUGUCACUUGAUUGGAUAUCAGCCGUCAAAUUUCAGAUCAGAAAAUGGGAUAAAAGAAGCUCACAAUCAAAAGUCAGCUGAACAUUCAACUAAUCCACAGAAUGAGUUGUUUGUUAAUCAACAGGUUACUGGCAGGGUAGCUGAGCAUCGAAACACCCUGAAUCAGCCGGUUGUUGGUCUUGAUGUGACUGGCAUGCAAGAUUUAAGUCAUGAGAAGCGGGGUACAAUGGUAGGAACUCCAAAGUCUGUAUCUGUUGAUGAAAUCUGUGCAGAAAACAUAAAACUUUUCGAGAGGUGUGAGGAGUACAGGCUAAAGGAGACAGAACUGAAAAAGACGGUUGUAAUCUUGGAGGAGGAAUAUAAACAAAUCCAGAAGAAAUGCGCCGUUCUUACUUCAAUCUUGGAGACCAAGAGGAAGGAGAAGUGUUAA